UUCUCUUCUUCCUUCUUCCUUUCCUGUUGUCCUUGCGUCGAUCCUACCCUCAUCCCUCUCAUCAUCAUGACACCGGCGCGGCGUCAACGCAAGCGCCCAGCAUCCCCUCAGGCAGAUCAGCCAAAAAAGAAGAAAGCAGAGCAUCCACUCGAGUCGAACAGCGACAACGACAACGACAUCAAAGUCGUGAAGCCGAAGAAAGAAUCGGGCAAGUCUAAGGGCAAAGCCAGUUCCAAGUCGGAAGCACCAGCCGAUGGUGAAGCGAAUGGAAACUUCCAGCAACAGAAGAAAGCUGCUGGGAGCGCACAGUACGCGAAAAUCGACCGACUGAUCGUGCCCGUUGAUGAGACAUGUCUAUUCAAUGGUCAUGUCUACGUUGAUGGUAGCACUGGUAUAAUAUACGAUGCUUCUUUGAACCAGACAGUGGCUUCUGCCAAUAAUAACAAGUUCUAUCGUAUUCAGCUUCUCACUAAUGGCAGAGGCCGCUACCAGACCUGGACCCGCUGGGGCCGAGUUGGGGAGAACGGCCAAAGUGCGCUGCUCGGGGAUGGAAGCUUCGACGACGCGCUCAUGCACUACGAGAAGAAAUUCAAGGCCAAGGCUGGUCUCGCAUGGAACGAUCGCGGUGGCAAACCGAAAUCUGGAAAAUAUGUCUUUAUCGAACGAAACUACGAGCCAGAGUCAUCAGGAGGAGAAGAAGAAGAAGAGGAAGAAGAAGAAAAAGAGGAGGAAGGGGAGGAGGAGGACGGUGGCGAAGAUCUACAAGCUUCGAAAGGCGAGGAAAGCCGGUCGCGCAGUGCGUCGCCGAGCAAGAGCAGCUUGCCUCCGCCGGUCAAGUCGCUUAUGGAACUCAUUUUCAACCAGAAAUAUAUCGAGGGGACCAUGGCCGACAUGAACUACGACGCUGCUAAACUACCACUCGGCAAGCUUAGCAAAGCGACCAUCACGCGCGGUUACCAGGCUUUGAAGGAUCUUGCUGCACUCUUCAAUGACAUGACACUGGCCCAAUCCGAAUACGGGGACACGUAUGCUAAUGUUGUGGAGACAUUGUCCAAUCAGUACUACAGCUACAUUCCGCAUGCUUUUGGCCGGAAUCGCCCUCCUGUCAUCUAUGAACAUGAGCGUCUCAAGAAGGAAGUGGAGUUGCUUCAAUCUUUGACUGAUCUCAAGGAUUCGGACAGUAUUCUCAAGUCUGCGAAGGCCCGUGGAGCUGUGCAUCCAUUGGACGUCCGGUACAACGGACUUGGCAUGCGAGAGAUGUCCGCAGUGGACAAGCACACUGCUGAAUUCCAGAACAUCUCCGACUACCUCAUCAACACGAAAGGCUUUACCCACAGUCAUAGCUACGAAGUCAUUGACAUUUUUCGCAUCGAGCGAAAUGGCGAAAGUGAGCGAUUUGAACAGUUCACCAAGACCAGCAACAGCCGCAGACUUUUGUGGCACGGAAGCCGUGCGACCAAUUUUGGAGGCAUCCUCAGCCAAGGCCUUCGAAUUGCACCUCCCGAAGCCCCCGUGUCGGGUUGGAUGUUUGGCAAGGGCGUGUACCUCGCUGAUAUGAGCUCAAAGAGCGCAAACUACUGCUAUGCAGGAAGUAGUGGCGGGCACGCCAUCCUCCUGCUGUGCGAGGCUGAACUCGGCACGCCACUGUAUGAGCUCACGCAGGCCUCAUACACCGCAGGGGAGGAAGCAAAUGAGCAAGGCUCUCUCUCAACGCUCGGCGCAGGACAAACAGGUCCGCUCGCCUGGAAGGACGCCGCCUGCGUCCACCCUUCCCUCGCUGGAGUUAAGAUGCCCGACACGACCAUCCCGGUUGGACAGACAGGCUAUCCAGGCGCAAGCCUUCAGUACAACGAGUACAUUUGCUACGAUGUCUCUCAAAUCCGCCUUCGGUACUUGCUUAGAGUGAAGAUGUGAUUUGACUUGACUCCCACGAGGAGCUUCACACGCAAAGAUGCUCAUCAGAGCCCAAAAUUGCGCAGAAAUCGUCGCCCGCCUGGCGCCGAUUAGCUACAGAUGAACAACAGGCGAAGUAUCAGCUCCAAUACAGUGCUAUUUCAUGAACAGAUUCGAUGAUUAUUAGAUAUGUAGACACAAUUCACGACUCGAUCUCCA